GGAUUAAUUAGGGUUUUUCAUUCAUUAACAUAUGUGACCUCUUCGCGUUUGGUGCAAACUCUCGGUUUGAAGUGCUUACGCUAAAUAAAUUGUCAAAAUUUAAUUGAAGAAAAAUGUGACUGGUGCCUUGUUGGUCAGUUUCGUCGACGCAACGAUGGACUUUUCGAGUGUGUUGUCCAGCGUUUUCGGUGGGGAGUGUCCGAUCAAAGUGGAUACUCGGGACAAGGACGAUUCCAGCUCUUUGUUGUCUGGCUAUUUAGUGGCAAUCGGGCAAUGGUUGGAGGAAAAACUUCAAAGUCAUCCGUUCCCAGAGGACGAUGAGGAUUCGGAAACGGCUAUUGCAGGGAGACUCGGUCCCAGGCGGACCGUUUUCGAUGCUACAGAGGACGGUUCGAUUUUGGUGUCCAAGGACAAGCUGACCCUGCAAUCACAGAAUGCCUUCUCUACGGUCAAGGCCAAUUGCUGCGUUUACUCCGGACGGUGGAUGUACGAGGUUCAGCUUCGGUCGAAAGGUGUGAUGCAAAUUGGGUGGUGCUCAGCGCAUUGUAAGUUUACCCAGGACACGGGUGUAGGCGACACCCGAUACAGUUAUGGCCUGGACGGAAGCAAACAACGAAUAUGGCACGUCUACACGCAAAAGUACGGCCCAUUUUGGAGAUCCGGUGAUGUGUUCGGUGUUUGCGUAGACAUGGAUGAAGGACGAAUCGAAUACUACCGGAAUGGUGCUGCGCUGGGAGAAGCAUUCAAGGAUAUUGAAAGAGGGCCGGGCUUGGCCUUGUAUCCGGCCGUAUCACUGGCUUUCAACGAUAGUCUCACUGCCAACUUUGGUGGCUCUCCACUGAAACAUCCUGUCGAAGGGUACCGCUGCCUGCAAGAUGCCCCCAACGUCCUUCUGUUCCAAGCGGAAUGUCUUCUCAAGUAUAUCGUGAAUCUCUCAGGAGCCAUUUCACGCCACACUCGAAACGAUCGGGAUUCACCCACAUCGGGCACCGCUUUCCCGUCGUUUGAGUCGAUUUACAUGCUAAUCGCAUCAAUGUUGAUCGAGAAAAUUGCGCCCUUGCUGGCAAAUUCCUACGUAGUCGAGGACAAAGUGUUCAAAUACAUGAAAGGGAUGUGCGUUCUGCGAAGUAACACCAACAACGAAUCUCCCAUUCAGCCAGGAUCUCCGGAAAGCACAUUGGGAACGUUUCUCACACUCCUGUGGACCUACCUGGAGCCGGAAGAGAUAAAACUUUUCCUGAAGAAAUUGCUCAACUUCUUAGCCAACACGUACAAGGAAACACCCGUCGAUUUAGAGUACGAAAAACAACGGAAGAUAAUCGUUAUUUUAACCUGCAUCUGCCAGCAUCCGCAAACGAGAAAGUAUCUCCUAGAGUAUAAGUUCUUCAAGAAAAACUGCCUCCCGUUGUUCCUGUACACGAAACCACCCGACGAAUCCACCUUGGAACAACUGCUGCCGGACGAUGCCAUCUGGACGGAGGGGUUGGGCGGAUCGAAACAGGUCUACCUGGCGGCAUGCGAGAAGCUCAAGGCGCACACCGGCGUACUGUAUACGUUGCAGAAAAACUUGAUACACAUUUUGCUCAACAACCGAGACGGUGACGAGGAAGAGAGCGGUACGCCCUCGAGCCGGCGAAUUUUCAUGACCAAGCUGAGGAAGUUUGUGAUGGAUAACAAUGCGGAGAUGAGGGGCCUCUACUCAUCGUCGACCCAGCCGGCUAUAGGUCUGUCAUUCCUGUGCACCCUGCUGGACGUAGCCCGUACCCUAUGGGAUGAGGAAAUCUCAACCGCGUCCACUUCAUCGACUGCCUCUCAGCGUCCGUACAUCGAUUACCGCUACUUCUACGACGGUACCUUCCGCUAUAGCAACAUCGACCGCAUCGGAGGCGUGCUGUCCUAUCUGAAGAAGCAUUUCCGCCAGCAGUUGAUCGAGAAACUUGGCGACGAUCACACCAGUCUGGCGGCGGUCGAUCAGCAGUCUGAUCUGAGGAAUGAAAUUGCUGCCUUCAAUGCAUUUUUGGAUUCAGCCAUUUUCCUGGUAUCCGGAGGACCUAAUUCGACAUAUUCACUGAUAUCGAGAGCAGCUUCAAACACUGGAUCUGAGCUCCAUCACCAGGAAGGAGAUACGUCGCUCGGGUCGGGCCGACCCGGAGGCAACAGUGGACCGAUCAAAGCCGGCAACAUGGAUGAACGGCAGGCGAUCUGUGAACUGCUGGAUUGUGCCGUCAUCUUCUACUACUCGGUAGCGCACAAGUACGUCGUCAUGAUUGCCGAUCUGCGGGAUAACAUUUGCCAUCUGUCGGACAUUCUGUUGGAAACGAAAACGAACUGUGACGAUGUGGUGCACAAUCUGGAGGAAUUGAAGCGCUCGAGCACGGUUGGGUUUAGCAAGGCUCACGAAGAGUUGAUGCAAGAGCUGGACACGCGAUUUGGUCAGCGGAAAAGCAUAUUUGCGAAACGAUCGAUGGAGCUGGCUCGAAAGCAAGCCUGGUACCGUUCCGUAGCACUUGGCUCACACCGCAGGUCACUGCUCUGCUGGCUGAUGGGCAUUGUGUUUGAAACACUAAAACGCUUCAGCGAAGAGGACGUCCUGUUCUCCUUUCUGCCGGAAACCUACAUCAAUGUGAUUCCGGUACUGCUGGACACGAUUUUGGAUUUUAGCUACCAUGAUACCGGUAUUCAGCAUGACCUCUCGGCGGACAGUGAACUCAUCGGAUCGGCUGCCGACUUCCUGGCGCUGCAUCUGGCCGAUACACGGGUCAUUCUAGCAUCCUGCAAGGAUGCUUUGAUCCAGGCGUUAGGGUCGCUCACUUGCCAUCAGGCGGGAAUCCGUGCGCUGGAGCAAGCAUCCCCAAAAAGUCAGCAGGCUUUCGUACGCGCACUGCUAAGGCCCUACGAGAACCGAGCUUGGGGACAAAGCAAUUGGUUGCUUCUCCGGUUCUGGUUAGGAGAUGGAUUUGGAUACAGGGAGUCCCGUCCACCGUGUGUAUGGCAAGGCGGUAAAGAAGCUGGACGCUCGCUAGGACUGUAUCGAAGUCGGGCGAAGAAUGGAUCCCACACCGGAUUGCUUCAUCUAGUUGCUCCUGCCUGUCCAUCGAAGCACUUUCAGCGGAUGAUCAGUGAAAUACUGAGUAAAGAUGAACCGUAUUGUACAACGUUCCUAAACUCAGUUCUGUCCCAGCUGAACUGGGCCUUCUCGGAGUUCAUCCACAUUCUACAGGAUAUUCAGAAUGUAUCGCAACGGGACGAACAGCAAGUAAUCGAGACGAAGCAGCUCAAGAUUUGCUCGAUGUGCUUCGAGUUGACCGUUUCGUUGAUGCGAGCCCUGGAGAUGAUACUGACCAUAACGCCGGGACUGUUGCAGGAUGCAUCGAGGGCCAACAGUGAAAUCAUUCUAGGGAGGAUUUGUCAACUUGCCAUCCAAGUUCUAUCCCGGGUAACUAUUCCUCCUGGUUGUUUCCAACACGUGAUGGACCUCUGUUUACCGGAUUUGAGCAACGUAACUCACUUUGCUAUCAUCAGCGCCGCUAUUGGAAUUCUUCUAGCGCUGAUGAAAAACGAACUGCUCGAAGAUGAUACCACCAUCGCUAGUGGUAGCAGUAGCAGCAGCGCAAGUACCAUCGGUACCAGUAACGGAACCGUGAUUGGAAUCACCAAGAUCCCCCGUAUUUCGAAACACCUACUCACGGACACCAGUUUCCACAUUACUAGUUUGGAGUUUGCUCUGGGGGACAUUAAAACUCCGAUCGCGACCAGCAGCCACCAGGCACCGAGGGGUAAUUUUGAUCCAAAGAUGAGAGCUCACAUCGACCCGCUGACGAAUGAAGUUCGUGUGCCGUCGCCGUUCCGGGCGAUUAUCGGCGUGAAGGAGAUCGUUCCGGAUCCACCGAUCAUCAAGUUCAAUAUGGCGGAUUACCCCAGUCACGUUACCAAAGAUGAGCUCAACAAGGUUCGACGCCUAAUCGAAAUCCUUCAGUUGCGGCAAACUCUUCUGUCGGAAAUAACAGUUCUCUCGGAGGACUCACUUUGCCCCAUAUGUUAUGCCAAACAGAAUUCAGCAGUGUUCGAUCCUUGUCAGCAUCAGUCUUGCGAAAAUUGCAUCAUCCAACACUUGAUGAACAACAAGCAGUGUUUCUACUGCAAACUGGCCAUUUCGAAGGUGGUCCGUACAGACGGAGCGGUGAUCUACGAGAACAGCGUCCCACUUAAAAUAUCCUCGACGACAACGGGGUCAUCGCAAACGGACGAUAUAUCGCAGGCAGUCGAUGAAGGCGAUGGACCCAGCGGGAGUCCUCGACUGUAGAAACCAAAUUUCCUGUCGAAUCUUGCCCAUUUUACCCAUCAUAAGACACGUCUGCAUCAUGACUGCACGUUAAAAAAAAACUUUGUCCAUGUCUGAUAUUCACAAAUUUUCCUUCCGCAUGAAUCUAGUCACAAGCUGUGUAAUUAUUUGACAGUUUACCGAAGAAAGAUAAAGGAAAUCUGAAAAUUGAGUUACUUCCUUGUGAUUUAUAACGAAACUUUGAACGUAAGUUCAUCCUUUAUCUAUUUUUUCUGUGAAAUGUCAGAAUAACAAAGCGCGCCUAGCUUAGGUACCUAUACUCGGGUACCUCACUAAGAAAAAAGAGAGUGAUAUUACAAAACGUAUUGAAAAAGACAUUUCUUCAAUCACAUUAUUAGGUAUAUU